UAAUACAAAAGCGAAUUUUUUUUUUUUUGAGACAAUUAAUCUCUUCUCUCUUUCUCUGUUUCUCUCGCGAUCAAGUCUCGAUCCGACAAAGAAAGGUCUACUUUAAUCGGAGGUUAUAGAAUCAGUGGAGUGUUGGGUCGGAGGCGAUUUGAAUCGGCAGAUUCCAAACCCUUCCUUCUGAUUCCAAAUUCCUCUAAACUCAGAUUUAUUUUCCUCUCUCUCUUUCUCUCGCGAUAUGCUGAAACGACAAAGGAAUUUGGAAUCAGAAAGAAUAAUUUGGAAUCGAUUGAUUUGGAAUCAGAGGAAGGGUUCUGUUCCUGAUUACGUUGUUGGACAAUCUGAAGCUGAAGCUUCUAAAGAAGGGAGGACCUUAGCAGAUUUUUACUAUGGGUGUUUGGGAUAUUCCGUCUACAUGACUGAAAAAGACUCAUCUGCCAUUAAGCAACAUACAAAGACUCAGCUUCCCGUUUGUGUCGGCCUUGAGAUACUAGCAGAUAGAAGAGCAGCUUCUGGCAAUAAUUCAUCUGUUCCAGUUCCUGCCCGUGUUCAAAAUAGAAACGGUACACCGAAUCUGCUCUUAUUCACCAGUUUACGACAAUGUAAGUGUGUCCUACCUCUUGUUUGCUCAUCAUUUUUUUUCUUUCUGUUGUAUAGAAUCUCGGGAUCUGCCUAAUUGAUUCUGCGUGAAUACAAAACCUCAAAGUUAGAUAACUCUUAGGUCUACAGUAAUUAGUCUGGUAAAAUUGAUGUUCUUGUUAACGCUGCUGCUGGCAAUUUCCUCGCUGCUGCUGAGGAUCUGUCUCCUAAUGGCUUCAGAACAGUCUUGGACAUUGAUGCAGUAGGAACAUUCAACAUGUGUCACGCAGCACUUAAGUAUCUUAAGAAAGAUGGGCCUGGGAGAGACUCAUCAACUCGUGGUGGUUCGAUUAUUAACAUAAGUGCUACUUUGCACUACACGGCUUCUUGGUACCAAAUUCAUGUUUCUGCUGCCAAGGUUACGUUAUGGGCUUCUCUUUAUCCAUCGAAGACGACGACACACAGAUAAACAAAUAUGAGCAAUCAUCAAACUCAGGUGUCGAGGCAAUUGGAGCCAUGGUGUGAACUUAAAGACAAAGUGGUUCUUGUGACAGGAGCUUCUUCUGGUAUAGGAAGAGAGAUCUGUCUUGAUCUGGCUAAAGCUGGCUGUAAGAUUAUCGCAGCAGCUCGUCGUGUCGACAGACUCAACUCUCUCUGCUCUGAAAUUAACAGCUAUAAUUCAACCGGAAUCCAAGCUGCAGCUCUUGAGCUUGACGUUUCAUCAGAUGCAGCUACAAUUCAGAAAGCGGUUAAGGAAGCUUGGGAAAUCUUUGGAAAGAUCGAUGUGUUGAUCAACAAUGCCGGAAUCAGAGGCGAGGUCAAGACGAGUUUGGAUGUGUCAGAGGAUGAGUGGGAGAAAGUCUUCAGGACCAACUUAACCGGACCUUGGUUAGUCUCCAAAUACGUGUGCCUUAUGAUGCGUGACGCUAAACGCGGUGGCUCGGUGAUAAACAUCUCAUCAAUCGCAGGGCUUCACCGUGGGUUGUUGCCCGGUGGACUCGCAUAUGCUUGUUCCAAAGGCGGAGUUGAUACUAUGUCGAGGAUGAUGGCACUUGAGUUAGGCGUUCACAAGAUCAGAGUAAACUCGAUCGCACCGGGGCUUUUCAAGUCAGAGAUUACAGAAAGUCUCCUGCAGAAAGAGUGGAUGAAGAACGUGACCGAGCGUAUUGUCCCGUUGAAGGUGCAACAAACUGUGGAUCCCGGGCUUACCUCUCUUGUUCGCUAUCUCAUUCAUGACGCUUCUCAACAUGUGUCCGGGAACACAUACAUUGUCGAUUCCGGAAAUACAUUGCCCGGUGUGCCCAUUUUCUCAUCUCUCUGAAUUUUAACCCCAUAUCUUGGGCAAUAAUAAGUGUAUACAUUUACACAUUCUCUACCACUUUAAAAACUUUACAUACAUCAUUCAUGUUUUUA